AUGCUUUUUGGAUGGGCGCGAGCCCUCAUAGGUAACCUGCAGCAGCAACAGCAACAGCAGCAGCAGCAGCAGCAAAGCCAGCAUGAGGCACCAGACGACCAGUGGACGCAAGACUACAACUUCAGCAGCAGCAGCAGCAGCAGCACAGCAGCAGAAGCAGCACAGCAGCAGCAGCAACACAGCAGCAGCAGCAGCAGCAGCUUAAUGCCUACUUCGUCGUCACUACUACGGCUCCGACGGCUCUGCUUCCUGUUGCUGCAGCACACGCAGCAGCAGCAGCAGCAGCAGCAGCAGAAGAUAAAAAGCUGCAGCAGCAAAUCCCACUGGCAGCACCUCAGACCCAACAGCAGCAGCAACAGCAGCAACAGCAGCAACAGCAGCGACAGCAGCGACAGCAGCAGCAGCAGCAGUGGAGAAGCGUCUGCAAGAGAGGGAUCAGCAGCAGCAGCAGCAACAACUUCAGCGGGAUCGUCACCCCACAACCCCCGCGUAGGUGGGCCCUCCUCCAGUUUGUGCCGCAUCCGAUUCAAACGCUCCCCUGCAGCAGCAGCAGCAGCAGCAACAGCAGCACCAGCAGCAGCGUCAGCAGCAGCAGCAAGGAGCCGUUGGCGCAAAGCAGCAGCAACAGCGAGGAAGUCAGCAGCAGCAGAAAAGAUUGAGAGCAAGGAGAGCAGCAGCACAAGGCCAGCAGCAACAGCAACAUUGAAAACAACCGCAGAGAUAGCAGCAAACGCAGCAGCAGCAACAGCAGCAGCGACGGCAGCAGCAACAGCACAAACGAGAGCAAGACCAGCAGCAACAGCGACAACAGCAGCAGCCGCAGCAGCAGCAGCACAAACGAGAGCAGGAGCAGCAGCAACAGCGACAACAGCACCACCACCACAACAGCAGCAGCAGCAGCAGCAGCAGCAGCAGCAGCAGCAACAGCAGCAGCAGCAGCAGCAACAGCAGCAGCAGCAGCAGCUCACCGAUAAAGGAUGUGUGUAUGUGGCGAUCGCUGAGGCUCUUGCCUUUACGCUCACUGCAGCAACCGAAGAGCAGCAGCAGCAGCAGCAGCAGCAGCAACAACAAGAGCAACAACAAUAG